CACUGAACCUUGAAUGCACGUCAGAAUCACCUGAGGUAGGUUUUAUAAAAUAUCCGUGCUCCACCCAAGACAAUGAAAUCAGACUCCCUGCGAGCGGGGCCCGAACAUCAACAUUUUUGAAGACGCUCCCUGUGGCUGUGCAUCGGUGAUCUUUAAUCCCCUGCUACUUGUUAGAGGAGCUGAAUGACGCCUCGUGGGCUCAUUCUCAUAAAUGAGCUCCUGAAUGUAGUCCUCUCCUCCCAAGAGUUGUCGGUGUUGCAUCUUUUUGUUGUUUAUUUAUUUAUUUAUUAGCCAACGUUAGAAGACAUCCAACGGUGCUGCAUUUUAAUGGGGGGACAUCCAGCUAAAGGGAAUCUUGGAGACAUCCGCGGGUUCCUAGCGGCUCGCGGCAAGUUGGUUUCCCAGGGCAGGAGGCCGCCACUUAAGAUCAGCUCUGCCUUUCGAGCUGGACAGUGGAGGCUCUAAGUCCGCUUUCAGCAGGACCGGAGGAAGGAGACGGGGUGGCUCCAAGGAAGGAGAGGAAAAGGCUGCUGAGAAGAGGAGGAGGGAAAGGGGAAGAGGCAGGGCGAGGGAGGAGCCUGAGGAGACGCGGUCGCGGGCGGGCUCGGCUCAACCCUGACAUCCGCGCCCCGGCCGCCUGGUCGCCAUGGCGGGCCUGGGCAAGGGCCCGGGCUCCGCCAUCCCCGUAUGGCUAGCCGAGGACGACCUGGGCUGCAUCAUCUGCCAGGAGCUGCUGGACUGGCCCGCCACGCUGCCCUGCGGCCACAGCUUCUGCCGCCACUGCCUGGAGGGCCUGUGGGGCGCGCGCGGCGCCGGGCGCCGCUGGGCCUGCCCCACCUGCCGGGAGGGCGCAGCGCAGCAGCCGCGGCUGCGGAAGAACACGCUACUGCAGGACCUGGCCGACAAGUACCGCCGCGCCGCACGCGAGCUGGAGGCGGGCUCCGACUCUACCCCUUGCCCCGGCCCCGGCUCCAGUCCCGGCUCCAGCCUGACCCCCAGGCCCCGGCGCCGCCCGGCACCGCCGCGGGUGGCAGUAGAGAAGAGCAUCACAGAAGUUGGUCAGGAGCUGACAGAGCUGGUGGAACAUCUUGUAGACACUGUCAGGAGCCUGCAGAAUCAGAGGCCCCUAUCAGAAUCUGGACCAGACAAUGAACUGAGCAUCCUGGGCAAGGUUUUUUCUUCUGGGGUGGAUGUUUCCAUGACUUCUCCAAAGCUGUUGAUUUCCGACACAGCUGCAGGGAGAAUCAGAGAUAUUCUCCAAGACCUAGAAGAAAUUCAGGAAAAAUUACGAGAAAACGUCUCCCGGAAAGAGGCUCCUGAAGCACAAACGCAGGGUGAUUCUCUGUUACCCAGGCUGGAGUGCAGUGGCACAGUCACUGCAGCCUCAAUCUCCCAGGCUCAGGAGAACUCCCGGAAGCCCCAUCUUCCUCCUCAUGCCCAUUGCCUGACCAGAGCCACCCUGCACUCAAGAGAGCUUCUCAGUUUGCUCAGUGGGCCAUCCAUCCAACCUUUAACUUGAAGAGCCUUUCCUGCAGCCUGGAGGUGUCCACCGAUUCCCGUACAGUGACUGUGUCUCACCGCUCACAACCCUAUCGCUGGAGCUGUGAGAGGUUUUCUACCAGCCAGGUCUUGUGUUCCCAGGCCCUCUUUUCUGGAAAGCAUUACUGGGAAGUGGACACUAGGAAUUGCAGCCACUGGGCAGUUGGGGUGGCUUCCUGGGAGAUGAGCCGUGAUCAGGUCCUGGGAAGGACUAUGGACUCUUGUUGUGUGGAAUGGAAGGGGACUAACCAGCUCUCUGCAUGGCACAUGGUCAAGGAAACUGUCCUUGGCUCAGACAGACCUGGGGUGGUGGGCAUCUGGCUGAACCUUGAGGAGGGGAAGCUUGCCUUCUAUUCGGUGGACAAUCAGGAGAAGCUUCUGUAUGAGUGUACCAUCUCUGCCUCCUCUCCUCUGCACCCUGCCUUCUGGCUGUAUGGCUUACAUCCUGGAAAUUACCUGAUAAUAAAGCAAGUAAAGGUAUAAGGUUUCCUCAGGGAUUACAACACAGUGGUUUCCUGGUCUCUCUCCCUGUCAUCAAUCAGGGUAGUAACUUAAGAAUACCACUUUUAAGAAAAAUUACAAUAGAGAUUGGAUCUCCCUAGGUUGCCCAGGCUGGUGUCGAAUUCCUAGCCUUAAGCAGUCCUCCCACCUCAGCCUCCCAAGGUACUGGAUUACAGGUGUGAGCCACAACACCUGGCCAAGAAUACCACUUUUGAAGUUAAUCCUUUUGUGUGAUACAGGAUGAACUUGGGAUGUUUGAACCCUGGACAUUCCAAAUAAAGGACAGGCCCCUGCCCGGCUCCUGGGAGAUAACCUCUAAGCCAUUAGAAUAUCCUGCCUGAUAAGAGUGUUUUUGUUUACCUGUGGGCCUUGGGCCAUGCAGUAUUAGCUUGACCUUGCAAGGUCAAGCUGAGGAGACUAAGUCAGCCAUGUGGGCAGCGAAGCAUGCCUAUGUGACCAAUCCCCAGUAAAAGCCCUAGACAUCAAGGCAUGGGUGAGCUACCCUGGUUGGUAAUACUCUGUGCACACAUCAUUGUGGCCACACAUCAUUGCUGGGAGAAUUAAGCAUUAUCCUGAAGACUCUGCCAGGAGAGGAUAAUUGGAAGUUCUCUUGGACCUUGCCUCCUGUGCCUUUCUUCAUUGCUGAUUUUAAUCUGUAGCCUUUCACUGUAAUAAACUGUAACCAUGAGUACAACA